AUGGAGACCCAGGAACCCCGAAAGGCGGAUGUCCUUCCGUUCCUCGAGGCUGAGCGAACCGGAACUACACUUCCGCCUGCCACUCCCCGACUUGCUUAUGUCAUCUUCCAUCACCUUGACACUGGAGGUUCCCUCAAAGGUCUUAUCAAUUUGGAUGCCAGAGUUCCUCUGCCGCUGAAGGAGCUUCUCGCGCACGUCCAGGGGCCAGUGGACGUCGAUGAGGUGAUUGGGUUGGGGAAAGUCUGUCUUAACCAUCCCGAGCUCAUCAAGGAGAUCGAGAAGCUCAAGCUUCCCAAGGGUAUCACUGUCUGCAAUGAGCCUUGGGCGUACAGCACGGGUGAUGUCAACGAGACUCGCUGA